AUGAGUGGACGGUGCCAAAAAUUUCUGGACAUUUUCCUCUCUUCCCCAUCGAUCCUCCUAUUUCUUCCACUCUGUCAUCUCCGGUCACCUCUUCCCAUCCUAGUUCAAUGCAUCCAGCCUGUCGUGGCACCGUCUCCCCUUUGCUCUUCCUCCACCACGGCCGUAACUCUACGGCGGCCAAGAUCCGCAGCCUCAUCUCCUCACUGACGGUGACCAAAUCCGCAGCCUCGCCUCAUCUCCUCUCUGGCGGUGGUCGGGGCUGUUGGAGAAGCCCCCGUGACCCUCUAUGGUCAGCCGACGGAGGAGAUAAGACGCGAGCACGUUCCUCACCUCCCAUGCUCCAUCGCUCCUUUGUCUCUUCCACCUCAUACCCGACCUCCAGCGGCACACGCUCUCCUACCCUGCCAUAGCAAGGCGGGCCUCAUCUGAGCUGCUAAAAUGGAGGCCAAGCUGCUGCUCCGCUUCUCCUCCCCGCCCAACAACGUGAUCCAGUGAAGCACCACCACUGGCUCAUCGUCCUUGCUCGAUUCUAGCCGAUUCAAUUCGACGCGGUUUGAGUAGAUUGAUGUGAUUCAUUUCGGUUAUGCGAUUGAUCUGGUUGUAGGAGCCAGCGGGAACGACAGGUGACAUGGCAGCGGCGCCAGCAGCGGCGGCCCCGCAACUCUACCUCUCACGGUCACACACAGAGGCAUACCCUACAUGGGGAAGAAUCACGUCUCUUCAAAUCACAACGAUACUUUGGAGUUGUGGAAGGAACUGAAAGACCCCAGUGACACAAAAGUAACUUUGAAAGGAUUGCUAGCCAAAAUGAAAGGCGACAACACACCUAAUUUUGUCAGGCCAUUUGUCUUGUACACCAUAGGCAAAUAUGUAUGCCCGACAACAUAGCAGUAUGUGGACAACAGAUACCUUUGGAUUGUUAGAAACGUUGAGACAAUAAAGAGCACCAAUUUUAGACAGCUUACACUUGACCAUCUUAUGGCUAGCGUCAGGAAAUUUGUAAAUGGUGGAGCAAGUCUGGAGGGCAACCUACCACUGCUGCAGACAUGGUACUACGAGAAGUGGAGGGUGCACCAAUUGGACUCUACCAUCUCGUAUGCAUCAAGGUUAAGGCCGCUGAUCCAAAACUGGAGUGACGAGAAGGCACAGAAGGUUGACAACAUAAUCAACAAAAAUUAUAUAGGGGUUGGAGAGUAUGUCGAUGACCUGCUGCGGCCCUUCAAUACGCCACUAGUUGGGACGCCGGUCAAACCAAAGAAUGACGGCCAGGAUAAGGCACUCAUGGGCCGUGUAUUGGCUGAUUUGAAAGAAGUUGUCUCCAUUGUGCGGGAGGCCAGUGCACAACAAUUUGAUAGGAUGUGCACCCUUGAAAGAAAAAUGGACGAGUGCCUUAGGCGUACCCUUGCGAACGGUAGACGCACGGACGGCCUCAUCACAGAAUUCAAUGAGUCGAGGACAUACAACUAUCUGACCUGGGAGUACCUGCGGACCCAAUGGAGGUCCCAGGAGAGAAUACUACUCGCCAGCAAUAACAAAAAGAUGACACGGAGGUCAUUGCCAAAGGCAUUUCUGCUAAGGGAAUACAAAAAGAUUACAUGGAUGCCCCCAAGAAGAACGUAUCUGAAGAUUUGCAGCCUGCUCCUAGUUUGCAAUCGCGAAAGCAUUCAAAAGCCAAGAUUAGCCUUGAAGCUUUCAUGGAUGAAGAAGACAAAGUUGUUGCUGCAGCUUGCAAGGAGAGUCUCAAGAAUGUUUCACAGCUUUAUAAAGAGGUGGAUGCAUCGCAGGGUGCUCCGAGUUUGGAUUCGCGAAAGCGUUCCAAAGCCACCACAAGCCUUCAAGCUUUCCUGGAUCCUCUGAAUUGGAGGCACAAUGAGAAUGUGCGAAAGACUCAAGAAAGAAGAAAUCAAGAUGAUGAAGAUGUCAGUAUUGAGGUGGGUGCAGAGGUAGGUACCAAAAGCAACCACCAGUCUGCCAAGGCUAAGGGAAUAAGGGAGCCGGAAGAGCCCCAUGUCUUCCCAGUUGAUGAGGACAACUAUGAUGGUUCUUUAGCAAAGCAGCGAUAAGAUAGUGGGGUUGAUUCCAUGCUACCAACUCGUGCGAGCAGACGGAAAAGAGUGGCCUCUUCAUUAUUGUGCAAUGAAGAUUUUGUUCUGUACGAUAGUGAUAAGAAGAGAAAGAAAAACAGGACUCCAUCGAAGUCUACCAAUGAUUCCAAGGACACAAAGAAUACAAAGAGGAAAAACCGUGCAAGCAAUUUAAAAGAUACAGACACAAGUGCUUCGACGCUGGAGACCAACCUUGACAAGUUCCGACAGAGUUAUGUGGCCGAAAUUAUCAACACCUCAGAUCUUGAUAAACAAUUGGUGGUAAUUGAUGACAUUGUUCUGCAAUAGAAGCAUUUGCAAGGCCUCACCAUGACAGAUGUAGGCGAAGAUGACAAAUGGUUGGGUGACGAAUUGGUUGAUGCUGUGAUUCAGAUCAUGCGUCAUGAUCAUCCUAAUGACAUAAGGGAUGGGCAGCUGGUUUACAUUGAGAUGGUGGCCGGUGUCGCUAUGCUCGAAAGAGAUGGUAAGGUAGAGAACUGCCACGAGGCCGCGUUGGCGGGCAGUCAUGGAACAACAAAAGGAGACAACUACCUCAGACAUGAUCUGGUUUUACUGCCUACGAACAUGGCGAACACCCACUGGUUCCUUGUGGUCGUAAACCCCAGAAGGAGGGAGAUUCAGAUUCUUGAUUCACUUUUCGGCUACCUAGAACGCACACAAGUGGUUCACGUGAUACGUGGGGUGGAAGCACAUCUGAGAGCAUCGCUGCGAAUCAAUGGACCACA